AGUGGUAGGAUUGUAUCGUUUGACGACAUAAUGUUACAUGAGAUUAUGAGAUUGUCAUUCUUUAUUAAUUUUGAUUGAUUGUGAUUAAGUGGGAAUAUUUAUUUUCCUGUACAUUUUUUUUAAGUAUUGUAAAAGAUGUCAAUUGAAAUUGAAUCUGCAGACGUAAUUCGUUUGAUACAACAGUAUCUUAAAGAAUCAAAUCUUGUCAAAACAUUACAAACAUUACAGGAAGAAACAGGUGUAUCAUUGAAUACAGUGGAUAGUGUAGAUGGUUUUGUAGCAGAUAUAAAUAAUGGACAUUGGGAUACAGUAUUAAAAGCUAUACAAUCAUUAAAAUUGCCAGAUAAGAAACUUAUUGACUUAUACGAACAGGUUGUCUUAGAAUUAAUUGAAUUAAGAGAAUUAGGAGCAGCUCGAUCAUUAUUGAGGCAAACAGAUCCCAUGAUUAUGAUGAAACAACAAGAACCUGAAAGAUAUAUACAUCUAGAAAAUUUACUUGCUCGUUCGUAUUUCGAUCCACGUGAAGCAUAUCCUGAUGGAAGUACAAAAGAAAAACGAAGAGCUUACAUAGCUACAGCUCUUGCUGGUGAAGUAUCAGUUGUACCAUCAAGUAGAUUACUUGCAUUAUUGGGACAAGCAUUAAAAUGGCAACAACAUCAAGGUUUACUUCCACCUGGUACUACAAUUGACUUGUUUAGAGGAAAAGCAGCAGUGAGAGAUCAAGAAGAUGAGAAGUACCCUACUCAACUUUCAAAACAGAUUAAGUUUGGUCAAAAAUCUCAUGUAGAAUGUGCACGUUUUUCACCAGAUGGUCAGUAUUUAGUUACUGGUUCUGUUGAUGGAUUUAUUGAAGUAUGGAAUUUCACAACUGGUAAAAUCAGGAAAGAUUUAAAAUAUCAAGCUCAAGACAAUUUUAUGAUGAUGGAGCAAGCUGUAUUGUCAAUGGCUUUUAGUCGUGAUAGUGAAAUGUUAGCUGGUGGUGGACAGGAUGGUAAAAUAAAAGUAUGGAGAGUUCAAAGUGGACAAUGUUUAAGAAGAUUUGAAAAAGCACAUUCAAAAGGUGUUACAUGCCUUCAGUUCAGUAGAGAUAACAGCCAAAUUUUAUCUGCAUCAUUUGAUACUACUAUAAGGAUACAUGGACUUAAAUCUGGAAAAACUUUAAAAGAAUUUCGAGGGCAUGCUUCCUUUGUAAAUGAAGUAGUUUUUGCCCCAGAUGGACAUAACGUAAUAAGUGCAUCAUCAGAUGGAACUGUAAAAGUUUGGAGUUUAAAAACAACAGAAUGUAUAGGUACAUAUAAGUCCCUAGGAGCUGCAGAUUUAACUGUUAAUAGCAUACAUGUCCUUCCACGAAAUCCAGAACAUUUCGUUGUGUGUAAUCGUUCAAACACAGUUGUAAUUAUGAAUAUGCAAGGGCAAAUAGUAAGAUCAUUCUCAAGUGGAAAACGAGAAGGAGGUGACUUCGUAUGUACUGUUGUAAGUCCACGUGGCGAAUUUAUUUACUGUGUUGGUGAAGAUCUUGUGCUUUAUUGUUUUUCUACAUCAUCAGGAAAGCUUGAAAGAACACUUAAUAUACAUGAGAAAGAUGUUAUAGGUUUAACGCAUCAUCCGCAUCAGAAUCUUUUAUGUUCAUAUAGCGAAGAUGGUCUUUUAAAAUUAUGGAAACCGUAAGAAUGUAUAUAAAUUAAAACAUCUUUUUCUAAUUCUAA